AUGAAGAUCUUUGCAAGAGUCAUUGUCCCCGCGCUGGCGAGCACUGCGUGCCUCGUGGAAGGAAUGGAGACCAAGAAGAGGAAUGAUAUCUCAGUGGUAAGCGGGCCACUUCAUGUGGUCCCCGUUGCCAGAAACGCCGCUGCGGCAUCACCAACGACGCCAGCGGCUCAACCUUCGGGCGUGAGCUCGAGCGACGAAUCAGAAGACUGUGAUUCUAGCGCAAGCGCGAUGAGCAACGAAGUCUCAACGGCGACCAACGACAAGAUGUCAUCAGGCGAGGAGGGACCCAAGCCAAUGAUGAGUGGAGAGGGAGGCAAGUCAUCAAAAUGUGGCUCAAAGGGAUCCAAAUCAGGCAAGGGCACAGAGGGUCAAGCCGCAAAACAGGGGAGUGGUGACACUGUCAUCAUCAUCAUCGGCGGCAAUAAUGGCGGCGGAAAUAAUGGUGGCGGCAACGCAGCCUCAACACCUGCCGCUACCCCCACCAAGGGGGGCAAGGAACCUGCCGCCCCGACCGGCGGUGGUGUCCAGAUCCUCCCAUCCCAGGCUGCCGGUGGUGGCGGCAAGACGAACGGCACCUCUCCAUCGAAGGGCGAUGAUGGCAAGAAGAAGGGCAAUGGAGGUAUGAUGGGCGACAAUGGCAAGAAAAACGCAACGGAACCGAUGAAGGGGGGCGGUGACACGGGUGGUGACAUGAAGGGCAACAAGGGCAACGGCACGUCAAUACUUAAACCUCCGAAGUCUGGCGGCAGCGGCAAGGGGGGAGGCAACAACAGCACCUCUGGCACCAUGCCCUCCUCUGGUAGCGGAACUGGUGGUAGCGGAACUGGUGGUAGCGGAACUGGUGGUAGUGGAACUGGUGGUGGCGGAACUGGUGGUGGCAGAACAGGUGGCAGUGGAUCUGGUAGCGGAAAUGGUGGCAGUGGAACUGGUGGCCUCACCGGCGCGGCUCCGGUCGGCUCCAACUCGACAACGGGAUCACCCACUAGUUCUGGCCUUCCGACAGCCAAUUCUGCUAAUGGCAGGCUCCAACUGUUUGGGUUUGGAUAUGAAACCGCGUCGUACGUGGUGGCUAUUGUUUCUGCGGUAGCUUUUGCGACUUGUCUAUAG